UUAGCAUAAUAAUAAGAAAAGGCCGAGAUUGAACUCGCGGACGAUGAAGAGUUUUUUCUUCUUCUGCCUUGUUGGGCAGCUCGUAACACAACUACCUACCUUUCUUCCGUGUUCCUACAUGGUCCGUUGGAUGGACGGUCAAUAACAAGGGAGCUGGCCGACACAUCCAACGUACCAAGUCCUGGAGGUUGUCAGCGCUUGCAACAUGGUCCUCGACAAUGCAGAUAUCUUGUUGAGGACAAACCUGACUUAUUAUUAGGCAGGGCCAUGUUUAUUAAUGCUUCUUUGCAUACCCUUCCUUCUGAGCUCUAUCCCUUGGCUCACCGUCAACCACGUCAAACAUCCCUCCCAGACAACUGCAAAUCCCCCCAAAGACUAGCCCAAGGCAUCAUCAUCACCCAGGCAGCCAACAAGGCACGCAUGCACCACAAAGCCUCAAUCCCAGCGCUUAACAGCAGUUUUGCGAAUGACAUCAUUCUACAACCCAACACCGGUCAAAACCGCCCACCCACGUACUUAGGAACAACCAGGUACAUUCACCACAUCUGUCGUAGGUCACCUAUAUACAACCACUGACCCCAUUAAAUGCGAUCCAAGCCACCACCACCCUAAAUAGCCACCACCAGGGUCUGUUUCCCUUUUUCCCGAGAAAACCAAAAAUAAAAGUCAACUUUGCUUCGUACCACAAGUUCGAAUCGAAAACCCCACCCUCUUUGCAAAAAGCGCCUU